UCGCCUCUGGGUCCCGGAGCAAAGCUCAAGAGGCCAGGGGAGUCUCAAAGUUUGUCUGGAGCAGUAGUAGGGAGUGGGCUUGUCGCGCGAGGGCUUUCUUGAGAUGAGAGCUACCUUCUUGCCUUCUUUUUGGAUGCACAGCCCGAUUUAACCCCUGCACCUCCUGCUCGAGGCCAGCAGGCUUGUCCUCCCCGGGAAUUCACAGAUCUCCGAGGACACGGGUCACGGAGCCCUCGGCAGGAUCCUCCGGGGUCCCGGCGCUAGUGCAUAAGUUCCACGCGCGCACACCCAAGCAUACGCGGAGAGAGGCGUCUUACCGGCCCGCGGCGGCUCGGCGUGGUCCCCUCCUGUCUCAGCAUCCUCGGGCCCGUGCGGCGCCCACCGCCAUGGAGGUGCUGGAGAGCGGGGAUCAGAGCGUCCUGCAGUGGGACCGCAAGCUGAGCGAGCUGUCAGAGCCCGGAGACACAGAGGCCCUCAUGUACCACACGCACUUCUCAGAACUCCUGGAUGAGUUUUCCCAGAACGUCUUGGGUCAGCUCCUAAAUGACCCUUUCCUCUCAGAGAAGAGUGUGUCGAUGGAGGUGGAGCCAUCGCCAACAUCGCCAGCGCCUCUCAUUCAGGCUGAACACAGCUACUCCCUGAGCGAGGAGCCCCGGGCUCAGUCCCCGUUUACCCAAGUGCCUACCAGCGAAGGCUUCAAUGAAGAGGAGGUGGAAAAUGAGAAAUGGUACCUGUCUACAGACUUCCCUUCAGCCACCAUCAAGACAGAGCCAAUCACCGAGGAGCAGCCCCCAGGACUUGUGCCCUCGGUCACUCUGACCAUCACAGCCAUUUCCAGUCCUUUUGAAAAAGAAGAGUCCCCUUUGGAUAUAAAUGCUGGGGUGGACUCCUCGUGCCAGACACUUAUUCCUAAGAUUAAGUUGGAGCCUCAUGAAGUGGAUCAGUUCUUAAACUUUUCCCCUAAAGAAGCCUCUGUGGAUCAACUGCACUUACCACCAACACCACCCAGUAGUCACAGCAGUGACUCGGAGGGCAGCCUGAGCCCCAACCCACGCCUGCAUCCCUUCAGCCUGUCUCAGGCCCACAGCCCCGCCAGAGCCAUGGCCAGGGGCCCCUCUGCCUUGUCUGCAUCUCCUCUCCUCACGGCUCCACAUAAGCUCCAGGGAUCUGGCCCGCUGGUCCUGACCGAGGAGGAGAAAAGGACCUUGAUUGCUGAGGGCUAUCCUAUUCCUACCAAACUGCCCCUGACCAAAUCUGAGGAGAAGGCCCUGAAGAAAAUCCGGAGAAAAAUCAAGAAUAAGAUUUCUGCCCAAGAAAGCAGGAGGAAGAAGAAAGAAUACAUGGACAGCCUGGAGAAAAAAGUGGAGUCUUGCUCAACUGAGAACUUGGAGCUUCGGAAGAAGGUGGAGGUGCUGGAGAAUACCAAUAGGACUCUCCUUCAGCAACUUCAGAAACUUCAGACUCUCGUGAUGGGGAAGGUUUCUCGAACCUGCAAGUUAGCCGGCACACAGACUGGCACCUGCCUCAUGGUCGUCGUGCUGUGCUUUGCUGUUGCAUUUGGCAGCUUCUUUCAAGGCUACGGGCCUUAUCCUUCUGCCACCAAGAUGGCUCUGCCCAGCCAGCAUCGCCUGUCAGAGCCGUACACAGCCUCCGUGGUGAGAUCCAGGAACCUGCUAAUCUACGAGGAACAUUCUCCCCUGGAGGAGUCUGGCCCGGCCUCAGCGGGGGAGCUUGGGGGCUGGGACAGAGGCUCCUCUCUGCUCAGGGCAUCCUCGUCAUCAUCGGGCCUUGAGGCCCUGCCGGAGGUGGAUCUUCCACAUUUUACUAUCUCCAAUGAGACCAGCUUGGAGAAGGCCAUGCUGUUGGAGCUUCAGCAGCACCUGGUCGGCGGCCAACUGGAAGGGAAUGAAACGCUCAAAGUCGUAGAGCUUGAGAGAAGAAUGAACGCCACCUUCUAAGGAGCCGCCCCACCCCCACCCGCC